GUGAGUAUUAGUUGAAAAAACAGUGUCUACUUGCUAUGAACCAGAGACGAUGUCGCAAGAGAGCAGUGUCAACGUUUUAGUGUUUUUCGUUAACGGAAAAAAGGUACGCUGUAAUGCCGCUACCCAAUCCGUAUUUAUCUUUAUCCCCAUGACAUCUGGAAGUCCACCCACUGGCACGGCCCGACCAGCCUCUACCGCAUUUCGGCUAAGGGCGUCUGCUACUUUAUUGUUUUCGCCCCGGUGGUACUCAACGAUAAUCGACAACCAGGUCGACCCUGAGUGGACGCUUCUCUAUUAUCUGCGAAAUAAGCUCAGACUAUGUGGAACCAAACUAGGUUGCGGGGAAGGAGGAUGCGGUGCUUGCACCGUGAUGGUCUCAAAAUACGACAGGAUCAACAAAAAAGUGAUUCAUCUCCCAGUCAAUGCCUGUCUGGCCCCUGUAUGCUCAGUCCACGGCCAAGCCGUCACAACCGUCGAAGGAAUCGGUUCAACCAGAACCAGACUCCACCCAGUCCAAGAACGCAUAGCUAAAGCUCACGGCUCACAAUGCGGGUUUUGCACCCCAGGAAUCGUAAUGUCCAUGUACACCCUCCUGAGAAACUCCCCAAAACCCACAAUGAACGACAUGGAGAUCGCGUUCCAAGGCAACCUCUGCCGCUGCACCGGCUACAGACCCAUCAUCGAAGGCUACAAAACCUUCACCGAAGAGUGGGAACUCAUGCAAGCCAACAGCAAACUCAACGAAGGCACCGGCUGCGGCGGCGGAAACGGCUGCUGCCAGGACAACCCCACUCGCCAGGAGAGCGUCUCCGAGUGCUCUGACACCGGCUCCGACAACGGCUACGGCAACGAAAACGGCUCCGACAACGGCUACGACAGCGACGACAGCUGCGAGAAGGAAAGCGCCUCCGGGGAAAUGGACAACGGUUCCGGGGAAGUCAACGGAGGCGGCACCACCAAGCCCAACGGCUGCGCCAUGGGCUCAAAGUGCUGCAAGUUGCAGCAGGAGGACACCGACGAGAAGGACCCCGACGAGGAGGUCCUGUUCAAAACGAGCGAAUUCACGCCUUAUGAUUGCACCCAAGAGCCCAUUUUCCCCCCGGAACUCAAGCUUUCAGACGAGUAUGACCGGCAGUAUCUCGUUAUAAAGGGCAAGGCGGUGACUUGGUACCGCCCCACCAAACUGUGCGACCUCCUACAGUUGCGAAAGCAACACCCUAACGCCAAAAUCGUCGUCGGGAACACCGAAGUCGGGGUCGAAGUCAAGUUCAAGCACAUGGUGUACCCGGUGAUUGUCCAGCCUGUGCUGAUCCCCGAGCUGUCGCGGAUUGAGAACACGGAGGAGGGCGUGCGAGUCGGGGCUUCGGUCACGCUGAUGGACGUCCAGGGUUAUUUGCUUGACGAGAUGAAGCGACUCCCGGAGGAGAAGACUAGGGUUUUUAGGACUAUAACGAAGAUGUUGAACUGGUUUGCUGGCAAACAGAUCCGAAGUGUGGGCGCGCUUGGGAGCAACAUAAUGACGGGGAGUCCAAUUUCGGACAUGCUCCCGAUUCUGAUGGCCAACGAAGUGGUCCUGGAGCUGCAAAGCGCGGACGGGGGCGUGCGCAAAGUUCGCCUGGACUCGCACUUUUUCACCGGUUAUCGCAAAACCAUCGUCUUACCUGACGAAAUCCUCCUGGCCAUUCACAUCCCUUACACGCACAGGGACAGGUACUGCUACGCCUACAAGCAAGCCAGGCGGCGUGAGGACGACAUUGCCAUCGUAAACGCCGCCGUGAACGUGACUUUCGAGCCCCAGACUGAUAUUAUCUCCGAUAUCAACAUCGCCUUCGGUGGGGUGUCUUUUAAAACGGUCACAGCGCUCAAAACCCGCACUAAUCUGAAGGGACUCCCCUGGAACCGGCAGACCCUAGAACGGGCCUUCGACUACCUCCAGGAAGACCUGCCGUUGGACCCCGGCGCCCCAGGCGGCAUGAUCCAGUACCGGAGGUCCCUAACCCUCAGCCUGUUCUUCAAAGCCUUUCUGGCGAUUUCCCUCGAGUUGCAAAAAUACGUCCCGCAUGUCACAGUCGACCAGCGCGACUUGAGCGGAAUCGAAGGCUUCCACGAGAAGGAGUACAAAAGCUCGCAGUACUUCACAGUAGUACCGCACACGCAGCAAAAAACUGACGCCCUCCAGCGACCCAUCGUCCACAUGUCGGCCUACAAACAAGCCACAGGUGAAGCCAUCUACCUGGACGAUAUUCCCUACUUCGAGAACGAACUCUACCUAGCCUUCGUCACUAGCACCAAAGCCCACGCCAAAAUCCUCUCGAUUGACCCGUCGGAAGCGCUGGAAAUGGAAGGGGUGCACUAUUUCGUCUCGGCUAAAGACAUUGAUAAGAAGCACAACACUAUGGGGUCUAUAGUGCACGAUGAGAGAGUGUUCUAUAACGAGAAGGUGACAAGUCAGGGCCAGAUCAUUGGCGGGGUUGUGGCAGUCGAUCAGAGUACAGCGCAAAGUGCUGCCAGGAAGGUUAAGGUGGUGUAUGAGGAUAUUGAGCCAGUUAUUGUCACGAUUCCGGACGCUAUUAAGUAUAAUUCGUAUCAUGGAAAUGGGCGGCAUAAGCUCAUUGUUAAGGGCGAUAUUGAGAAGGUUUUGAGGGAGGCGCCCCAUGUUCUGGAGAGUGAGUGCCAGAUGGGAGGACAGGAACAUUUCUAUCUUGAGACGCAGUGUGUGCUCGCUGUGCCCAAGAAGGAGGACUGCGAAAUGGAGAUUUAUUCCUCGACGCAGAAUCCGACCGAAGUCGCAGCCAUGUUGGCUGAGGUCCUGGGCAUUCAGCAGAACAAAAUCGCCGCCAAAGUGAAGCGCCUUGGGGGCGGUUUCGGCGGCAAGGAGUCCAAGGCCAUGAUGGUGGCAAUCCCUGUCGCUAUAGCCGCUGUUAAAUUAAACCGCCCGAUCCGGUGCAUGCUAGACCGCGACGAGGACAUCGUCAUGACAGGGGGUCGCCACCCCUUCUUGAUGAAGUACAAAGUAGCGUUUGACGACAACGGCAAAAUCCUCGGCGCCGACAUUAAACUCUACAACAACUGCGGAUACUCAACCGACUUAUCGCCUUCAGUAUUAGAACGUGCAAUGACACACUUUGAGAACUCGUACAAAAUCCCGGUCGUCCGGGUGGAGGGCUUCAUGUGCAAGACCAACCUGCCCUCAAACACCGCCUUCCGGGGCUUUGGAGGCCCCCAAGGCAUGUACGCCGCCGAGUGCAUCCUCCAGGACGUGGCCGACUACCUCCAAAAGGACCCGGUGACGCUCAGUGAGCUCAAUUUGUACAAAGAAGGCGAUUUCACGCACUACAACCAAAAACUGGUGAACUGCACGCUGGAUAAGUGCUGGCACGAGUGCAUCCAGUCGUCAAACUACCACGAAAAGCGCAAGGAAGUCGAGCGGUUUAACCGGGAAAAUCGGUACAAGAAGCGCGGCUUGAGCGUGAUUCCCACAAAAUAUGGGAUCGCCUUCACGGCGCCGCACCUGAACCAGGCGGGUUGUUUGCUCAUAGUGUACGCCGACGGGUCGGUGCUUCUCUCCCAUGGAGGUAUCGAGAUGGGCCAGGGGUUGUACACGAAAAUGAUACAAGUGGCGAGUCGGAUGCUCGAAAUCCCGGUCGACAAAAUCCACACUGUUGAGACCGCCACUGACAAAGUGCCCAACACCUCGCCCACAGCCGCCAGCUCCGGCUCAGACCUCAACGGGAUGGCCGUCAUGGAAGCGUGCAAAGUGAUCAAGGAGAGACUAAGACCGUUCAAGGAAGCCAAUCCCAAGGGAACUUGGGAGCAGUGGGUCCGCAAGGCUUACUUCUCCCGGGUUAGUUUAAGUGCGACCGGUUUUUACAAAACCCCAGAUAUUGGCUACAAUUGGGAGACGGGGGAAGGCAACAUGUUCAAUUAUUUCACGUACGGGGUGGCGUGUUGUGAGGUCGAGAUUGACACUCUGACCGGGGACCACGAAGUCCGAAGAAUUGACAUUGUCAUGGAUUUGGGUGAGAGUCUCAACCCGGCCAUUGAUAUUGGACAAAUCGAGGGGGCUUUCAUGCAAGGGUACGGCCUGUUCGUGCUUGAGGAACUAGUCUAUUCGCCCACGGGAACUAACUACACACGGGGGCCUGGUACUUAUAAGUUGCCUGGUUUUGGGGACAUUCCGGGCGAGUUUAACGUCUCUCUAUUGAAGGGCGUGUCGAACCCCAGGGCUGUUUUCUCAUCAAAGGCCGUUGGUGAACCUCCCCUAUUUUUGGGCAGUUCAGUCCUGUACGCUAUUAAAGACGCCAUAAAGGCCGCAAGGAGGGAAAAUGGUUACGAACCAACCAAAUUCAGGUUAGACUCACCUGCCACUGCUGCAAGGAUACGUAUGGCCUGUCAGGACAACAUUACUUCAAAGUUCAAGGAUCCCGAACCCGGAAGUUUCAAACCGUGGAACGUCUACGUUUAAGUGAUAUUUAUCUAGUUUUAGUCUUAUUUUUAUGGUUUUUACUGUGAAUAAAGAGUUUUGUACGUU